AUGACGACAGUUUCGGUGGGGAUGUUAUUGGCUCUGGCGUUCUUCAUCUAUAGAUCCGCCGGCCUUGACCUGACUUCCGUGAGGUUCCAGGUGGACGGAAAGGCAAGCACAGAAAGCAUGUUAGACGCCGGCAUUGGGUUUCUGCCUAAUCUCACUCAGGUGACCUUCUGCACACAUUUUCGGAUGGAACACAGCUCCACCAACAGCCCAAUCCUUAGCUAUUCGACCGAAUUCGACGAAGAAUUCCUCAUUGGCUUCUCAAACAUAGAAGAGGGAAUUUUUAGGGUCACAUGCUGCGCUGGCCUUGUCUCCAUAUGGUUUCCUGACCGGGUCACUCUGUACGAAUGGCGACAUAUGUGUGUGGCGCUUGACUCUGGAAUCAGUAAACUCUGGCUUAAUAUGGACGGUGUGUUUUCGGAGGCUGCCCUCCCGAGCGCUGAAAACGUUUUGAUCACGGGCGGCGGGCGUCUGGUUUUCGGCCAAGAGCUUGAUAGUCUUGACGGAGGCUUCGACAUCAACCAGUCCCUAGACGGCCAACUCGUGGACCUGCGUAUCUAUGACGUGGCUCUCACUGUCGAGGAGAUGCGCAACUUCGUCGAGUGCGACGCUGAGAAAAUCAGUCACACACCGAUCCUUACCUUGGACAGUGACGUGCUCGAGGUCAAAGGGUCGACCUUACUGUCGCGUCGGCCCGAAGAGGAAGUCUGCCAAAAUAAGCCGUAUCGUACUAUGUUCUUCCCCGAAUCAAGGAGUAAAGACGAGGCUUCGCUGUGGUGUCGGAUGUUCAAGGGCUCGCUCAGUGUCCCUUCAAACGCCGAGGAAAACAAAAGCAUUCGGGACGCGAUUUCGAGUACUUUUAAAACGCAGUGCACGAACUGUUACGGCUGUAGAUACUGGCUCGGCAUGAAGGGGGAUCCGGCUUCGGGCGCAUGGAUAAGGGACUCAGACGGGGAAACUGUUUCUUGGAUCAACGGAAAAUACCAACGACCCACGAAUCAUGCGCAAUGCAUGACAGCCAGUGUUCCGAACUUUCCAUAUGCUUGGCUGCAGACGCCAUGCAACUUGUACUUUUGUACACUCUGCAUUUUCAGCUCGACACCAAAAGUGCGACUACUUGGUUUAUGCAAGACCUCCCUGUUUGAUAGCCAGCUACACCUCCAUGGCUACGCGAACGGCCGCCCGCGGUUUAAUGGGCUGAAGCACACAGCGAUCGAGUGGAGCAACGGCACCUGGGUCAUGACCAGUCGCCUGCAAGAGGGACUGAACGCGUCCAUGGAAAUGAGCAGCCUCGGAGACUACCCUCUCGGCCUCCACCGUUGGCACGUCCGCGGCGAUAAAUGCAGGGAGAGAGUGGUUGAUUUGCUGCUGACGGCGUGUAGUGAAGACAAAUACACCUGCGGGGACGGGGCGUGCAUCAGCAAGCACCGCCGCUGUAACUCGAUCGCCGACUGUUCCGAUAACAAAGACGAGCUUAACUGCAGCGUACUGAGAAUCCCGACAGGCUACCGCAAAGAGCGCCCUCCCACGGCGCCGUCGGGAGGACCUCUUGACGUCGAGCUGGUCAUCGACAUCUCUUCUAUCAAGAAGUUUGAUCUCGUGAACUUCAAAAUCAUCUUCAACGCUAGAGUGACUCUGAAGUGGCGUGACGCGAGACUGACUUACCUCAGUCUGCAGGAUGAUUAUUAUACAAACAGGGUGAAGGAUCAACGGUCCAUUUGGAAGCCAAUCCUCUUUAUAAGAGACGAAGUAGGAAUCGUAAGUUAUGAGUUCUCUCGGUCGGCUCUAUAUGUUAACCGAACCUCCGUCCCGAUACUGGAUGACGACCAAAUACUGACAGAAAGUUAUGCUUUCAGUGGAGCUACCAACAUUUUGGUACAUGAGCAAGAAGGAUCUCUGACAAUAAUGUGUUACUACAACUUGCACAAGUACCCAUUCGACACACAAAUCUGUUUCUUCUAUGUUUCUGUGGCUGAUCUAACCACCAAGUUUGGCUUUUUGGCGCAGGACUCUGCUGUCAGCUUUGAAGGGCGGAGAGAACUGUUAGAAUACGAACUCUUCAGCGAAAGACUAGAGUUCCUCGUCGAACGCAAUAUCAGUUAUGCCAAGGUGCAGUUUGUGUUUAAGAAUCGUUACGUGUACUACAUUGGGAACGCUUUUACACCGAGUCUGAUGAUGGUGAUAAUCUGCUUCCUGACGUUCCAUUUUGAUCUCGAGGAUUUCCAGGAUCGCAUAAUGGUGUCGCUGACCUCGCUCCUCGUCCUGGUCACCUUCUUCAGUCAGACGAGCCAGUCCAUCCCCAAGACAUCCUACGUGAAGCUUAUCGACGCCUGGUACUUGUCUCUCAUCGCGGAGGACUUGCUGGCGAUCAUGGCGCUGGUGUACAUAGAGAGGAUGCGCUUGCGGGAGAAGAAACUCGCUCCCAAAGAAAAACGCGAACGACUCUAUCAUGUUUCUAAACCGGCUAAGAUGAAUCAGAUCUUCUUGUUCCUCUUCCCGACGUCUCUUGUUCUUCUUCUGUCUUAUUUCAUUUUCAUGUUUGUAUCCAGUUUUUCGGUCUGAAUUGGGAAAGAAAAUUCAAUUGUUCUGCAUUCUUUUUCAUAUAGCUUUUCCUAAAUUCUUUAUCAGAAUCACGUUCACCUAUGUUAGAAAAGCUGCAAAUAUGGAUAUCAUUGACAGUAAUAUGAAAAAAGGUUGUGUGUAAUCUGUCAAGCCUACACAUAGGAAGUAAUCAUUAAAGUAGUUUUAUGUCAAGAAAAAACAAAAAAUA